AUGCCGCCUGAAGCUGAUGAGAUCGCCCGAUUGUGCUUGCAAACGUACGAGUCUCUACCACAAGGCGGUGCCAAGCCCCAGAUACGUUCUAACGGGCGGCAUGAAUGGACGGUCUUAGCCGGUGCUGUCGUGCACACAAAUUCCUCCAAUCCCACCGUGGUGGCUCUCGCUACAGGCGCCAAAUGUACACCAUACGAGCGCCUCUCUCCACAGGGCGACGUGUUGCACGACUGCCACGCUGAAGUACUUGUCAGACGUGGUGUGCGUGCUUGGCUACUUGAGCGUCUUAUCAAGGAAAAAAAGUGCAGCGACUCAGUGAUAGAUCAUCUUCCCCGUGUCUUUGUUCCUGUGGCAUGGGAUCUUGAAGUACCAGUGAGGUGGUCACUGGCGCCACACGUACGCCUCUCGUGGUACAUUUCCAUGCUACCAUGUGGUGAAGCAUCCUCUUCAGCUCUUCAGAUUCAACAUUUCCUGGAUGAUGGUCACCUAUGCACAUCCGACACACGUACGUCACGGGGUGUGUUACGCGGCCGUGAUAUGCCUUAUGCGUCGUCUUCUGCCUGUAUUUUACGGAGCAAACCAGGAAGAGCAGAUGCACCUCCGAGUAUCAGCAUGUCUUGCUCAGAUAAAUUCAUGCUAUGGAAUGCAGUUGGAAUACAAGGUGCUUUGUUGUCGCGCUGGCUCGAACCCAUCUAUAUUGAUCAAGUUGUUUUGAGCUGGAGUCCCUCUCUACACAUGACACAGGCAGAAAUUCAGGCAUCAUGCUCCUGGGCAUUUGGCGAGCGCAUUCAUCGUGCAAACCAUUCACGCAUCAUGUGCACAUCCAUAACUUUCCCGUAUACUCGCGAGUCUAUGAAAGAGUAUAUUUCAACCACAACGGGUAUACGCCCUUCUUCGCCUGACUGGAUACAUAUCGAGCCUGUGCCCUGUGCCGCAUCGCUGCUCUGGAUUCGAGGUCGACCCGUGGAGAAAUUACUCGGUGGCAUAAAAAUGGGCGCAUCUCCCAAACGGAAAAAUGGCCGGCCUCUGCCCAUGUCGUCUUGCUCUUCUGUAUGCAAACGUGCAUGGUUUACACAAUAUCAGCGAGCAUGCCAACUUCUUUCUCCCACGGUAUCGCUCCACGAGUCAUAUUACGCCCAAAAACGCGCGUCACACGACACUUAUACGGCUGCCUAUGCAGCCAAAAAAGAAGCCUUAUUCGGAGCACGUCAUGCAGAAUCAAUCCUCACUUGGUUCUUAGAUACCCAGAAGGACGCGCAUAGCUCCAUCUCGCAGCCUCCCUUGGCUGCCCCAUUGUCAGCAUGGCUUCAAACGCCGCGAGCCCUCCAAGAUUUUGUAGUGGAGGAAACGUAG